GUUCUGGUGGAUAUGGUGGAGGUUUCAACAUGAAUCCAAUGGCUCUGGCUGGAAUGAUGAGCAUGUUCAUGAAUCAAAUGGGAGGCAUGGGCAAUAUGGGUGGUGGUGGCAUGGGUAAUAUGGGUGGUGGUGGUGGCAUGGGUAAUAUGGGAAUGGAUGCAAGGGGUAGUGGUGAUGGGAUGGGUGGUCGUGGUGGUGAUUCAUAUAGAGGACCAUCAAGCACUAGUGAUGGUUACAAAUCAAAUACUUACCCUAGUGGAAAUGUCAACACCAGUACUCCGAGUGCAAGUGAUGCUGCUGCUCUUGGCUAUGGUGCUCAGAAUUCGUCCAUGUAUGGUGAUCAGGCGGCAGGUAGUAUGGGAGAUAUGUCAGCGUAUGCUAAUGCUAUGAGUGCAAUGUUUGGUGCUGCAGGUGUGAAUCCAGCAAAUGUUCAGGCUGCAUUGUACAGUGCAUAUGGUACUGGUACUGGUGGUGCUAGUAGUGGUCAACUGGGUGCUUAUGACCAGUCUUCCUCUGCCUAUGGUCCCGCAAGGAACACAUCAACUCCUAUAAAUCGAGGAUAUAAACCAUAUUGA